AUGGCAGUUGGCACCAGCGUCAAGGCAGACCUCUUGCCCCCCGUGGCUGAGCAGCGCAAGGAAAAGACGCUGCCCGUGGUGAAAAAAAUUCACUAUCCGUUCUGGUUUGGUGGUUCGGCCUCAUGUUUUGCGGCCAGUGUUACGCACCCAUUGGACCUUGGACUGUACAGCGGCCUUUCCGCCGCCAUCCUGCGACAAAUGACCUACUCCACGACUCGUUUUGGUGUAUACGAAGAACUGAAAUCGCGAGUUGCCAGUCCCGACGCGCCUCCGAGUAUGCUGAACCUGCUUUGGAUGGGUUGCCUUUCAGGUUUCCUGGGCGGUCUGGCCGGCAACCCGGCUGACGUUCUCAACGUUCGCAUGCAAUCCGAUGCUGCCUUGCCUGCGCACCAGCGGCGCAAUUAUAAGCACGCGCUAGACGGUUUGAUAAAGAUGUCUCGCGAUGAGGGACUGACCAGUUUGUUUCGAGGCGUGUGGCCCAAUUCCACAAGAGCGGUCUUGAUGACUGCCUCGCAGCUCGUCUCGUACGAUAUCUUCAAGCGACUGUGUACCGAUCAAUUGGGCAUGCCGGAUAGCCUCUCCACCCAUUUCACGGCUUCAAUCUCGGCUGGCUUUAUAGCCACGACAGUCUGUAGUCCCGUGGAUGUCAUCAAGACGCGCGUCAUGAGUGCGUCUCCAGCUGAAAGCAAGGGUGGUCUCAUGCAUCUACUGCGCGAGAUCUACCGCAAAGAGGGCGUCUCAUGGAUGUUCAGAGGCUGGGUGCCAGCCUUUGUUCGCCUGGGCCCCCACACGAUUGCUACUUUCCUCUUCUUGGAAGAGCACAAGAAACUAUAUCGCAAGAUCAAAGGCUUAUAA